AUGUCGUUCGGAUCGUCCAGUCUGCUGCGUGGCGACUCGUCGAGCGACGCGCUGACGUAUCAACGCCCCCCACGAGGAGGCGUGCGAAAAGAGCCCCGGCAGCGGCGGGUGGUGGAGUGCAAGGUGAAGCGGCGGAAGGAGCCACGGCUGGAUGCGGUGAUUGAGAGGAACAAGAAGUUCCGAAUCGUGCAGCGCAUUCAGGAGCUGCUGGGGAAACAGGAGGGCGGGCGUAUGAGUCUCAAGGAGCUGGGGAAGCAUCGGAACAAGAUUGGGCUGUCUGGGGGACGGAGAUGCGUGGCUCUCAUUCGCAGGUUUCCAUCAAUAUUCCAAGUGUACGAUAAGGGUGCGGGCAACAUAUGGUUCGAGUUGACCCCGGAGGCGGCGAGGAGGGAUGCGAGGGAGAGGGAGCUGCGAGCCAUCAUGGAACCCAUCUUAGUGGAUAAGCUGUGCAAGCUGCUGAUGAUGUCAGCAACGCAGUCCCUGAGUGUGGAAAGCGUUGGGCACGUGCGCAGAGAACUGGGCCUUCCAGAGGACUUCAAAACGUCCUUCCUGCCGCGCUUCUCCGAUCGCUUCAGAGUAGCCACCCCUCCAGCAUCCCCUCCGGGUACCCCUGCUGCUGCUGGGGGGCCGGUGCUGGUGCUGCAGCAGUGGGACGAUCGCCUGGCACUGUCCGUGGCAGAGGCGAACGAAGCAGCAGCGGAGGCUCAGGAAGAGGCUCGGGAAGAGGCUUGGGAAGCGGCUCGGAAAGAGGCUCAGAAAGAGGCUCGGGGAGAGGGUGAUACCCCCCAGCAAACCCUAGCCACCCAAGCUGCUCAAAUCCCACCAGUCUCUCCAGGCACCCAGCUCCCUCCCCCCAAGCCCUCUCUGACGCCUGAGCAGCUGGCAGAGGCAGCGAUCGGGUUGGGCCGGCACAAGGCAGAGAUCAGCCGCAUGGCCUACAUCACUGGGAAAACCAGUGCAGACCAGGAGAGGACUAGCAGUGGUGUUGCCAGUGGUGCCGGUACUGCUGGGAGCAGCAGCAGCAGCAGUAGGGAGGAGCGGUACAAGAAGGCCGUUCGGCUGAGCUUGAAACUCAACCUACCACCAGGUCUGAAGCUGAAGCAGUCUGACCUGCUCCGGCUACAGAGGUUCCACGCCUCCCCUCCCAUUUCCCCAUAUGCAAACCCACUCGAGCUUGGGAUCUCUCCUGAAUCAAUGGAGGCGGAGAGACGGGCAGUUGCCGUGAUUCGGGAGUUUCUUUCGCUGACCGUGGAAAAGCGGUGCCUGAUCGACCAGCUGACGCAUUUUCGGAAAGAUUUUCUUCUGCCCGCGAGGAUAUAUGCGCUGCUGCUGCGGCAUCCGGAGGUGUUUUAUGUUUCGGUGAAAGGGGUGCGGGAUUCGGUGUUUCUGCGAGAGGCUUAUGAAGGGGAGGUGCUUAUAAUGAGUGAUGAGCUGGCGGAUGCUAUAGAGGAGAUGAGAGUUCUUAUGGAGGAUGGAAGGAGGAGGAUGAGGAGGGGAGAAGUGGAGAGGGGGGAGAGGGAAGGGAAUGGGAGGGGAGGGAGUGAUGAGGAGAGUGAGUGGGAGAGUGAGGAUGGGGAGGAAUGGGGAUUGGAAGAUGAGGAGGAAGAGGAAGAGGAGGAGGAGGAAGAGGAGUGGGAAAGGGAGGAGGGUCGGAACAGGAGGGUUGUGCCGGGGGUUUGGAAACGGGCGAAUGGGCAAGCAGUGGGGAGUGGUGGUAGAGGCAACUCUAAUGCCAUGGCUGUGGAAGCGGGGAGAAGGGGAGGGGAGAGAGGAGUGGAGAGUGGAGGGGAAAGAAGAGUGGGGAGAGGCGUGGGGAGAGGAGAGACUAGAGGAGUGCGGAAAGGGGAGAAUGAGGGAGAGAGGAAGUGGGUGGGGGUAGACAGGUGGGGGAGGGAGAGUGAGAGAGUGGAUGGGGCUGGGCGGGUGCCUGUAGGGAGUGCAGCUGGGGAGGAGAGUGAGGGUGAUAAGAGAACGGGCCGAGAGAAGGAGAGAAGGGGCGGAGAGGAGGAAGAGGAGGCUGAGGAGGGGGAGGAGGGGGAGGGGGGGGAGGAGGGGAGGGAGGAAGACGAAGGGGGGAGAGGGCGUGCAGCAGGAGUGAGGGGAAGUGAAGAUGAGGCGAGGAGGGAGAGGGAACGAGUGGGGGUGACAGGGGGCAAGGAGAAGGGGAGAGGCAAGGAGGCGUGGAGGAGCAAGGGCAUACACAGGCAGGGAUUGAUCAAAGACAGGUGUCGUCCUCCCGUGAAGACCGUCCUCGCGCUGUCCGUCCCGACGCCGUCCCGUCGCCCGUCGAGUCGCGAUCCUGACGAGGCCCGUCGCCCGAAUUGUCGCCUCCAUCGACAUCGCCCUCGCUAUCUCCCGUCGCAGCCCUCCCCUCAGUUCGCGUCGCCUCGCUAUCUCUCCCCUCCCAUCCCGCACGCCUUUCUCUUCCGUCACCCGUCUUCUCUCCCGUCGCCCCUCCCCUCCCAUCGUCUUUCCUCUCCGGUCGCCUUUCCUCUCCGGUCGCCUUUCCUCUCCCGUUGCCCUUCCUCCGUAGCUUUCCUCUCCCGUCGCCUUUCCUCUCCCGUUGCCCUUCCUCUCCCGUCGCCUUUCCUCUCCCUUCGCCUUUCCUCUCCCGUCGCCUUUCCUCUCCCGUUGCCCUUCCUCUCCCGUCGUUUCCUCUCCCGCCGCCCUUCCUUCUCUCCCGUCGCCCUUCUCUCCCGUCGCCCUUCUCUCCCGUCGCCCUUCUCUCCCGUCGCCUUUCUCUCCCGUCGCCCUUCCUACUCUCCCGUCGCCCUUCCAACUCUCCCGUCGCCUUUCUCGCCCGUCGCCCUUCCUACUCUCCCGUCGCCCUUCCUACUCUCCCGUCACCUUCCUCUCCCGUCGCCCUUCCUACUCUCCCGUCGCCCUUCCUACUCUCCCGUCGCCCUUCAUCUCUCCCGUCGCCUAUUCUCUCUCCCGUCGCCUAUUCUCUCUCCCGUCGCCUAUUCCCUCUCCCGUCGCCUAUUCCCUCUCCCGUCGCCCUUCCUCCCUCCCGUCGCCCUUCCUCUCUCCCGUCGUUGUCACUCAUGGUGGAAGGGCAGCAGUGCUAGUGAAACGUUUUAG